UCUUUAGUUUUGAUCUUUUCUUUUUCCUUUUACUUAUCCAUGGGGCCUCAACAAAAGCCGAAUGAAAUAUGAUUUGGAAUCCGUUUCAGGGCGCUUUUGAACGAAGAAUCCGAGAGUUGAGUGGAUGCAAGCUAGCAAGCUUCACUACGGCGAUGUCUAGGAUAACAAAGGCUGAGGCCGCGUAGUCCCAACCUCCAUUCUUUCUCUUCUCCUACCAGCCCUGGAUGGGCCAGUCAACCUCGACGGCUGCAAUUUUGGGCCGCCGCGAAAUUAAUCAGAGCGACACUUCCAAGACCAAAUCAAUGGCCCUGAUCUAUCCGAUGCACGUUGAAGAUACCGGAGGAUACGAGGGAAUGAUCGAUGGAGGAGGCCCUGACUACAUCUCCACACUGCCAGAAGAUUGCCUGGCUUGCAUUUUCCAGUCGCUCGGCUCCGGCGACCGCAAGCGCUGCUCUCUCGUCUGUCGCGGCUGGCUCCGGAUCGAGGGACAGAGCCGUCACCGUCUCUCCCUUAACGCUAACUCAGAACUCUUCCCUAUCAUCUCGUCUCUUUUCUCUCGAUUUGAUGCCGUCACGAAACUUGCCUUGAAAUGCGAUCGUAGAUCUGUUAGCAUCGGUGACGAGGGACUCAUUCUUAUCUCGCUCAAAUGCCGCAAUCUCACGCGCCUCAAGCUUCGUGCUUGCCGCGAAUUGACUGAUGCCGGCAUGGAAGGGUUCGCCAAGAACUGCAAGGGUUUGAAGAAGCUCUCCUGUGGAUCUUGUACCUUCGGAGCGAAGGGAAUGAAGGCGGUGCUCGAUAAUUGCUCGGCUCUUGAGGAAUUAUCGGUGAAGCGCCUGCGUAGCAUCACCGAUGGAGCUGCGGCUGAGCCUAUUGGGCCCGGCGUAGCCGCUUCAUCUCUCAAAACGAUCUGCCUCAAGGAGCUAUACAACGGACACUGUUUCGGUCCAGUUAUUAUCGGCGCGAAGAAUUUAAGAACCUUGAAGCUGAUCAAGUGCCCCGGCGAUUGGGACAAACUUCUCCAAGUGAUAGCGGAUCGUGUCACUAGCUUAGUUGAAAUCCAUCUCGAACGGCUACAGGUCAGCGAUAAUGGCCUCGUGGCGAUCUCGAGUUGUUUGGAUCUGGAAAUUCUGCACCUUGUUAAGACGCCAGAGUGCACGAACAUGGGGCUCGUAUUGCUUGCAGAUCGUUGUAGGCUCUUGCGGAAGCUUCACAUUGACGGAUGGAAGGCGAAUAGGAUAGGCGACGAGGGAUUAAUUGCCGUCGCGAAAGGUUGUUCUAAUCUUCAGGAAUUGGUUCUUAUCGGUGUGAAUCCAACAAAACUGAGUUUGGAAUCUUUAGCAUCGAAUUGCAAGAAUCUAGAGCGCUUAGCUCUAUGCGGAAGCGAUUCAGUUGGUGACGCGGAGAUUUCUUGCAUUGGCGCGAAAUGCGUGGCAUUGAAGAAGCUUUGUAUUAAAAGUUGCCUGGUUUCGGAUCAAGGUUUGGAAGCCCUUGCGGACGGUUGCCCCAAUUUGGUUAAAGUGAAGCUUAAGAAGUGUAAAGGAGUAACGCCUGAGGGCGCUGAAUGGUUGAGGACGGCUAGGGAAUCACUUGCGGUGAAUUUAGAUAAUGGUGAGCCUGAACAUCAGGAUGCGAGUGCGAGUGACGGUGGAGCUCAGGAAAACGUUGUUGAAUUUCGUCCUCCCAUUCAGGUGCCUAGCCAAGUGGCGGCGGCUAAUAUUGUAUCGGGCAGUACUGGUCGAUUGAGUUCAUGGAAAUCGAGGUUAGGGGUGGCUAGCAUUUUGAGAAGGUGGUCAAGUGGUAACAGCAGUGUCCGGGGUAGUUAGACAAAGAACCUGCGCAAAAGUUCCAACUCAAAUUGCAUCCUUGCUGUUGCUCCGUUUACAUUGUUUUGUGUUGUAUUAUACGAUUCUGUCUUUUUUCUUCUGGUAUUUAAUUUAACGUUGUGUGCUGUUCAUUGCCUUUAGAAUUGAAUCUUUGCUGUUGCAAGUGGUAAUUUCACACUUUUAUCAUUUCUGUUAAUUUGGUAGACUCCCUUUCUUAUUGAAUGAGUGAAACACCUUCACUUCUUGUGUCUUUA